AAGACCGACUCUAUUUUGUGGCUCUCAUCUCUUGCGGCUCAUACGAGCUGACAUGGGCUCCGCUUCCAACUUGAAUGAUGUUCUCAAACUUCUUAGCAGCGAAAAGGUGAAAGAUCGUCAGGAAGGUUUUGCGGGCCUCCGUGUUGCUUUCGAGUCGAACUCCGCCGUGCUCAACGUCGACCCAGGAAAGGCAUGGGGAGUAAUCUUCCACAAGCUAUCCAUUGCCGUACUCAGCGAAAAGAGUGCCCACGUCAAGAAAGGCGGACAAACUGGUAUCGCCGCUUUCCGCAGAGUCAACGAUGCUGCAAACACCGUUCGUUGGCUGACUGAACGGAGUGUUCGGAGGUGGAACAAGAAGGUUGUUCACAAUGUGCUCGAUCACUUACUAAAGACUAUGAUGCAUAAAGGUGCACUGUAUACUCCGAUAGCUUUGGAAUAUGUCAAGGCAAUACGGUGCAUUCUAAGUUGGUCGCCACAUCUGGACCAUUUAGAUGUAUCGACUUGGGUCGGGUUGCUCGAAACGGCCUUCAAUGUUGUCCUCGAGGAUCCUGUCACAAGAAAGUUGGAGAAUGACAUGGAGGCAUCACAGCAUCGCUCAGAAAAUGCUGAAGACUCGAAUUCAGGUACCGACAGCAUACCGGGAGAUGACGAAGUUGACGAUGGUGGUAUGUCGUCCACCUACAUCGCCACUAGGAAGCGGAAGCAUAGAAGAGUAAAUCAGAGGCUCCAGCACUCUACUCCUCAUCGCAGUCCUGCUCCGAAGCUUCAGCCUGUGAAUCCAGAGCAAGUUGAAUUCAUGGCUAUCAUUGCCCUCCUUCUGCAAUCAUCGUCUUCACCUCUGCUCUCGAAAGACUAUGAUUAUCUCCCUGCUGCCCUAUACGACCGGCUCGCUCGGUUCAUACAUAUGUAUCCCGUGGAUUCAUCGCUCCAUCACGACUAUCUCGUCACUCUGAACGCUGCCAUAUCUCAUCUCGCACUGAACAAACGCUCCCUCACGGUCAAACUAGCCCUAGAAACGUGGGACGGACUAUUACGGCUGUGGAAUACCAAGCAUCAAAGCAUGAAACAGGGACUGGUGGGGAUACUACGAGCUCUCUUCCCAUUCUUGCUAGAGGUGGAAACGGACGGAGACGAUACGAAUAUUGCGCAAUGCGGUGACAGCCUUGCUCACCUGUGGCAGCUCCUUGUGGGCGAAGCAGAUAACCGCUGGACCGCGAGCGGUCUUUCGAUAGAUUGCUUACGUUUGGAGCUUGCUCGAGAUGAUCAUGACACCGAAGGUAGUGCAGCAUUCGUGGCGAAGACGUUCCUAUAUGGGUGGCAUUUUGAUGCAAAUCAAGCACUAGCAUGGGCUAUGCUCGAAUUGCAAGCAGACUGUGCAGCGAAGUUGUACGAGUUCGGCGAGUCCGUGCAUCAUCUGACGGCAGGUCCAGGUCGAACUGCAGGCAAGCGGCUCAAGGCUGAAAACCCUGUUCAGUCACUGUUAGCCCUGAUAAGGGCGCAGUCGACAUCUAAUGCUCGCGUCUACCACCUUCAAAGCCUAUUGUUCAUCAUCGACAGGCACUGGCACAUUUUCCAUGAUGGUUUACAGCGGGAUAUACUAGAAGCCAUGCUCCAGCUUGUAGCCCAUGACGACGCUGUCGUUCAAUCCUGGGUUUUCCUUUGCUUUGCAGGUAUUGCCAAUGCGGUUCGCACCACCCCUCACCAAUCAUCACCGACUGAAAUAUGGGAUUCGGUCUGGACUCAUGCCAUGCGACGAACAAAUGUUUCCGUCGUAUGCCGGGCUGCAUGCCACGCAGCAGCGGUCCUUCUUCUCAAUGCCGACAACCUUCUGACAUCACAACAAGUCCUAGCCGAGAUUGAGUCCGUGGCCAAGGACCUCGAGGUACAAGGCCCUACGCUCCCGUACGACUCCGUUUGCUCGUUCUUAGUCCUUUGCCUUCGUGCUGCCAAUCAAGACAUACGCAUGUUUAGGAUGCAAAUGGAAGACAAAAUCUUGACUUGGCUAAUCAACAACUGGCAGGUGGCACGGGUGAAGAGGACACGAAUGUUGCCAUAUAAUGCGGGUGACCUGUUGAUGCUUCUAGAGAGCAUUUGCGGGCUCUCUUCUCGAUGUGAUUUGGUUUGUGGGACGUCGUUGCCAGAAUGCUCGAUCGUGAACACAAUGCGCGAUUAUCAUGACGUGGCUGUGAUCCGAGAAUUCUUCCUUCAUGCUCACAUUCCUCCGCUCAGCGGUCAGGUUGGGCAAUUUUCCAACUUGUCACGUCCGCUGGCCAGUUCGGCUGUUGAAGCAGCAUUGGCUUCUGCCACCAACAAUGUGGAACAAGACCUGAUCCAGCCACGCAAUCGAGAGCGUCGAAUAUCCGCCUUCUUCGUCAAGUCCUUAGAGUUGCUGUUCUCGAGCUGGGAAGGCAGCGGGGAAUCCUCCGGCAAUAUGUUUUCUGAAAACGUCAGAUCUUGUCUUGACUUCACCGUUACCGCCAUGCUCUUUGAAGCCACAUUAAAUGCAAACGGCAUACAACCGCAUCGUCGCGUCAUCCAAGCCGCAUGCAGGUUGACUGGGGUCAUAGCUCCUUCCAUUCAUGAUCGCCGCUGGUCCUCUGACGAGAGAAAACUCAUACUGGAAGGACUUCAACCUCUGGUGCUUGCGAGGGAAACUUCGCGAGAUGUUGCAGCUUGGGAGAUCUUGCUUCUUCCAAAUGAAGGAUCUGGAAUCAGAAUGCAGAGGCUGCGAAAGCUUAGGCCAAAAGUCCCCCUAACAGCCCAAAGUGCCACUGGACGACUCGAUCUUCAACGCCUGAUUUUCCAACACGCCGACGCGCAGGAUAUGUCCGAAUGUAUUUUGAAGGCGCUGCGCAAAACCCUUCAUUCUCUGCUUCCAGUACCAAUAAGCGAAGAUCGCAGCAGCCAUACGAUUGAUAUCGAUGAUGGCUUUGCGCCAGUGCGAACCAGUCAGACCGCAACACCACAAGGCCGCAGAAACUUGCACUUAGAUCAAGGCGGUAUUGAGCUUUGUGUGACUGGACUUGCGGUCAUCCCUGCCUUGCAGUGCGCAUCUGACGAACCGACACGUGAUGGAGACCUAACGCAGCUGGUCUUAGAUCUUGCAGAUGAGGCCUUCUUCCUUGUUGCUCCUGUUUUCCUCAAUCACGUUCGCCAGCGAACGUUGAGCAUCAGUUCAACUGUCAUGGGCGAGUGGCUGGAAAAGUUGGGAUCUCUAUUGACCCCAUACGAGUACAGCAGAAGCGAAAAACUUCAGCUUCUGGCCUUAGAAUUCCUUGAAUCUACAAUGCACUUGUGGCUACAGCCGAGGCUCGCUUCCAGUGAGGUUGGCUGGAGAAUUGGCGAACUAUGGAGAUGGUUCCACGAUACGCUGUCGGAAGGCUAUAUCGGCUCAUGGAAGAUACGAGAUCGGCUAGUACAAUUUCUCAAUAUCUACCUGAUGCGCGAUCCAGGUCAGGUAGGGUGGAAAACCUGUACGGACGAUGGAGAAGGUGAAAGUCAAUCGCAGAAUGCAGUCUUUGACCGGAGAAAAAGCGAAGAGCAACAGAAAAAUAAGCCUUCCAUUUCUCCCAUAGCAAUUCUAUCUACUCGCAGUGCUGACGACGACAUCCGAGUGCGCUUUCGUGCCGCUGUCGCAAACGCUCGUUUAUUCUCUAUAGCUCAUGAAGUAGGACAAGAUGCAUUCCAGCUGUAUAACGCAGUGAAGGAACAUUUGAGCAACAUCAUUGAAGACUACGAGCACAUCGUUUCACGUCUACUCUGCUUAGGGAAUAUCAUGAUUGUGAACUCCGCCGUGAGACAUGGUCCAUACUGGCAUUUAUUAGAGACCUGUCUUUGGACACCGGCUUAUACCAAACAUAUACAUGCCAUACUGGCGGGAGUUGCGGAGAGGUUGGGUCUCCUGCGGUUGUCCGACCUAUUCGAAGCCUACGCUUCUCAAAUAGCGUUCUCAGUCCGCCAAGCUGGAAAUGACCUCUUGCAAUUCCCUCCCGAAGUCUUAGGCUAUCAGGACAGGAGACAAUGUGUAGCCGCUGGUUUCCGGUCCUUCACCCCUGCAAAUCUAUUAGCGGAGGAUUUGCAUUCAUCUAAGGACCGUGUCGAUGGCUACCAACUCUUCGUGGGUCAUUGCAAAUUUCUACAGAAAUCUGUGGCCGACGGUAUUCGGGAGUGCUUCGCGGAUAUCGUUGGCAUUCAGAUCGUCUUCUGGAUGGACUGUCAUCCUGGUUACGUGCAGAAUGCGUCACACGAAUUAGAGGAAUCGUUGAUGGAGAAGACGCGGAUGCUUGGAAAGGGCGAUGAAUUCGGUCACCACCUCAGGCGUAACAUUGACUCCGUCGUUAGUGCCAUUCUCGGGACACUGAAAGACCAAGGCCAUUCACUCGACGGACCCAUCGUCGGGGGACUCAAGUGCACUCAAUGCGACGAAGUCGCUAUUCAAACGUUCCUUCACUUGUCUUGUUACAGAGAUCUCCACAGUUUGCAAUUGCACCCUCCCAAAGCACCCUGCUUCAGUACGCAGACUGUACUAGAAUCCUUGAAGUGGCUAAGUGUCCGAGUGCCUGAGGCCUCCACUGCCGCGAUCACCUACCAUAUUCUACAUCGCACGUACGCGGAAUUGCAACGCUGCCCGCUUGUCAAUGAGCAGAUCAGACUGCUUAACGGCAUAUGCAUUUGGAUAGCCAUUCAUGCCGAUCAUUUUCAAGACCACACUUUGCUGAGGACACUAGGUAACAUGGCUACCGCAAUUAUAGUGCAACCAGAUCUCGCUCGAGCUGCUCAGUCCCUACUACAGUGGACUCUCAAUGCCUAUGAUCGCAACCCCGAACGGGACACACGCAUUCCAGACAUGCUAAUACGGACAAGUUACGCAGCUAUCGAAUACCUUCAAGACACAGGCGAGCUUCUAACGGAAAGCAUCGGCCGUGACCUAUUGUCCUGGUCAGAGAAUGAGGCGUUGACUCUUUGUAACAACGUGGUGCUCAAGCAACAGGUCAUUCAAGCCCUCGCAGCCUGGCCGCGGGACUUGCCUCCUGACUUGCAGGCCCUGCGAGACGAGCUUACAUCACAAGAGAUUUCCUCUAUCCUAUCCGGUGACCGACUUUCUAGCAACAAGUUCCGCCUAGUCCGUAGACUUCGUGAUGUAGCACUUCAGACCCACAACCGAGAUGAAAGGCAAUUCCAGUUCGAUUUCUGGCAUCUUAAAGAGUACCUACCGAAUCCCGCACAAGUACUUGAUGACGAUAUCGACGCGUUUGCCGAACUCUUGCUACUCAAUCAUGCACAUGUCAGCGACCUCGGCCACGAAAAUUCUCGGCAUCAUAAUAUGUGCACUAUGCAUGUCUCCUUCCGAAAUAGGGAUGUGAAGGUCCCGGAAGCUGCCCAUCGCGCUAUCCUUUGGUAUCUUCUAAGAUCGCUCGAUGCCGUUCCUGAGGAACUAGUGCACGAUGCCUAUCGUAUACUGCGGUCCGUGGUUUCAACCCUCGACGUGGAUGUCACGAAUUCCUAUGCAUGGUACCACGACUACGAUGGGGAUCUGACCUUCAUGAUUUCAUAUCCAACGAGUAUUUCCUCGAGACCUCUUCACGAUUUGACAGAGGGCUUAGCUUCAGAGGACCUUCUUGAUUGUGCUACCGAUUUUACAGUCUGGAUACCCCGCGUGACAAGUUUACUCUGCGAUACGCUAUCAACUCAGGACAUUUUCUACUCUCCUUUAGUGCACAUGCUAAAGACGAACUUCCACUUCGCUCAGCAAAUCUUACCUAUUUUGGUUUGCACACUGCUGCACCGAGAACGCGAAGCCAAUCCAUCUAGUGCUCAACUGCCUUUUCGAGAUGCGUUAUCAAACUACUUCACUCUGGUGCUUGUCAGGGAGGACGCGAGCAGCUCUUGUGUGGGUGCUAUAGUUGAAGUAGUGCUCCAUCUCCGGUAUUUCAAUCCCCCCGAUGCACUCGAGCGUAGGAAUCCUCUCGCGUAUGACGGUUGGCUUCAGAUAGAUCACACACUGUUGAGCCAGAACGCAAUCAAAUGUGGGGCGUUCACGACUGCUCUCCUCUUCCUCGAACUGGCAGCCGAAUACUCCACAGGGCCGCUGUCCAGCACAACUGCAACUGAGCAAAUUCUCUUUGACAUCUACAGCCACAUCGACGAGCCAGAUGGGUUUUAUGGGAUUGAAACUCAUGAUUUGAACCAUUUUCUCGUAAAGCGACUGCACCACGAGCGGCAAUGGGACAAAGCUUUCCGCUUUCACGGAGCGGCACUGGAGGCAAAACCUCAUAGUGCAGAUGAUGCUCAGGGAAUCACACAGGCUAUGCAUGCUUUCGGGUUUGACCGUCUCGCUAUGACGUCGGUGGUGCAGACCUCUUCAGCAUCAGAAGGGGGUGGCCAUGUGCCUUCCAUGAUGUACCAUCUCGGCUGGCGAACAGAAACGUGGGAUCUUCCGCAACAGAAAGCGGGGUGUAACCCCGGGACCCCGCUCUACUUCGCUUUGAGAGCCAUACAUCGCGAACGCGACACGAACGUAAUCGACCGUGUCGUUCGUCAAGCAUUGACAGAUGAGCUUCAACAACUGCGAGGCCUUGGAAACGAGAAUUUGUCCGGGGUGCGGCAAACCGUCCGGAAUAUCAUGUGUCUGAGGCAGAUCAGGCAAUGGAGGCAGCAACCAAUACAGACUUUAUUGCUCGCCAAGAUCGAGGACGAGAACGAAUGGGAUGUGCUUGCUAACUUGGAUGACGGAUUCGAUUUCGAUGAUGCGGAGGGUAUAAUCGCAACACGCGCCUCCUUGCUAACCGCUGCUAGGCAGAAGGAACAGCGCGAACAGAUCGGGAAUCUGUUGUCAUCAUUUUGUCGCUGUCUCGUUAGCAUCGAGAGGAGGUGUCUCCUUCGCUUAUCUGAGCUAGCACGCGACGCAAAUGUCUCCCAGAUCUCUCUCAAUGCAGUGAUGAAAGCACAGGCACUUGGAAGCCACGCUGACUCGGACGUCUCCCUUGAGUUUGCCAACGUUUUAUGGCUAAUGGGAGAACCAAAAGUGGCGGUGCAAUCUCUAGCUAAUCUGCUAGUAGCCACACUCCCUGAUACCUCGCUGCGGGCCUUGCACGACAAGCAACACAGAGCAAAGCUCCUCUCCCGUAUGGGUACUUGGACGUUUGAGGCUUCCCUCGAGAAACCAGAGGAUAUCAGGACCCGUUACUUCGACGCAGCUUUGAGCUUGUUACUUGACAGUCAGGAUCAAUAUCCGAAACCAGCCGAUGGCGAAAUCCUACAUGAGUACGCCAUAUUCGCGGAGCGGCAGUAUCACUCAAUAGCGAACUCUCCGGAUGCUCUCAGGUGGAGGGUAUACGUGGAUCGUAAGAAGGAGGAAAUCAAGCAACGUGCAUAUCAGAUCAGGAAAACUCAAGUCGGUACAAAAGAACACCAAGAGUCCACAAGAGCGUACAAUAAAGCCACACAAUUAUUGAAGCAGGACGAAGCAAAAUUCGCAGAUCACAAUCGCUCGCGAGAGUCAUUCCUUGCGUUGGCAAUUGACAUGCAUUCACGCUGUCUUAAUGCUACCGAUAUGUUCGACGACGAUUGCGUGAUCAGACUGUGCUCAUUAUGGUUUGCGAACUUUGAAGAGUCAAACGCGGCGUUGGCAAUCGAUGCAGCCCUAGAUCGUGUCCCCUCCCAUAAAUUCCUCUUCUUGGCCCAUCAGCUAACCGCCCGAUUAUCGAAGAUACUACCGGAAACCUCCUUCAACCAGGAAUAUCUCCAGAAGCUGCUAGCCCGGAUGUGUCAGGAGCAUCCGUUCCAUAGCUUGUAUCAAGUAUUCUGUCUUGUGUCAGAGCAAGUCGACACUCAGAAUGGUGCAUCUGCUAGAAGACAAUCUGGACGCCAUGAUUCUCCCUCGGCUCGAGCAGAGAGAGCUGCCGCUGCGGUAGAAAUACUUGAUCGUCUGCGCAAUGAUUCAUCAAGGCGAGAUUGCGUACGAGACGUGGAGAAAGUGUUCAACGCAUCCCUUCAGUGGGCAAAAUUUCCUAUCAAAGAUAGCCAGAAGAAAAAGUCCAAGGCUUCUUUGCGCAUACCGGACGAUCAGCCCAUACUGCAACUUCAGUCUAUCCGCGUGCCAGUCACAACCAUCCGUACACCUGUCGACCGGACGACGGAAUACAAGGAUUGUAUAUGGAUCAGCCACUAUGAGUCCACCUAUACUACUGCUGGAGGUGUCAAUCUACCCAAGAUUUCGGUUUGCGUCGGAAGCGACGGCAAAAAGUAUAAGCAGUUGUUCAAGGGAGAAGGUGGUGACGAUCUACGGCAAGAUGCUGUCAUGGAACAAGUAUUUGAUUUGGUGAAUGUCAUCCUGCGCCGCGAUCGUGAAACGAGAAAGCGGGACCUGGGAAUUCGAGGUUACAAGGUUAUCCCGCUUGCUGCUCAAGCAGGCGUGCUGGAGUUUGUCCAAGACACUACACCUCUAGCUAUAUGGUUGAACCGUGCGCACAUAGUCUACAGACCGAAAGACCUGCACCCUAAUGAGGUGCUCGAACAAUUGUCUAAGAAACACGCUGAAUGCAAGCACGAGCGCGGACCCUUACUGCAGUUGUUCCUUGAGCUGCGCAAGCGCUUCAAGCCUGUGAUGAGGCAUUACUUCAGAGAAAGACACAAGUCCCCAACGCGCUGGUUCGCAAUGCGCUUGAAGUACGCUCGCAGCGUGGCUGCCACGUCCAUUGUUGGACACGUUCUCGGACUGGGAGAUAGGCACACCUCCAAUAUUCUGUUGGACAAUAUCACUGGAGAAGUUGUGCACAUUGAUCUCGGAAUUGCGUUUGAGCAGGGGAAACUGUUACCGGUCCCCGAGCGGGUGCCCUUCCGUCUCACAGCUGACAUGGUGGAUGGUCUGGGUAUCUCAGGAACGCAAGGCGUUUUUCAUAGAUGCGCCGAAGAGACCCUGCGAGUACUGCGCGAUCAGUCGGAGGUCAUCUUGACUGUUCUGGAAGUCUUCAAAUAUGACCCUUUGCACUCUUGGACGGCGAGCGAAUUAAAAGUCAAGCGUGUCCAGGGCUCUACCAGCGAAGCUGCUUCGCGAUUGACUGACGAAGCAUUCCGCUACGCUAUCGGGAUUGAUCUAGCCAGCGGUACUGCGCACGAAGCAGCUGACCGCGCGCUUUCGGCUGUCAGCCGCAAAUUGGACAAGACCCUCAGCGUUGAAUAUACGGUGAAUGAGUUAAUCUCCGAGGCUACUGACCCAGGCAAUCUUGCUCAGAUGUAUCAAGGAUCAGGCUGGGGUCCAUACUUUUGA